AUGGCUGGGCCUCCUGCGACACAGGAGGGGGAGGGGGAGUUCGGAGGCUCCUCCCCCGAGAAAUGGACAGGAAGGCGGCACCCGGUCGGGGCGCCGGGUGGGCAGUGUGGGUCCCGGGCCGGCUGGCUGGGGGUCACCCGCGGGGGUGGCCCGGGGCCUCUGGGCUCCUCUAGAGAGAGCUCGAAGGAGAGAAGCCGGGAGGGACCAAGCCGGGAGAGUCCGCCGUCUGGGAUGCACCCCCCCACCCCCAUCCCUGUUGGGGGGACUCAGCACUGGGGCUCCCACCCCCUCCCGGUGACUCCUUGUGUGGCCCCCAUUGGGAAACCAGCCUGCAGCGAGCGGGGGGCCCUCUGGGAAGGCUCAGCUCAGCACUUGGCCCUGCUGUGCCCGCCCCCACUACCUGCUGCAGCCUUGAAUGCCAGGUCCAGUGGCUCCCCGAGGCCCGGCUCACCCCGCGUCCCUCCCGCGCAGAUCCUGUGCAUCCACCUCAAGAGGUUCCGGCACGAGCUCAUGUUCUCCACCAAGAUCAGCGCGCACGUGUCCUUCCCCCUGGAGGGCCUCGACCUGCAGCCCUUCCUGGCCAAGGACAGCCCGACGCAGAUCGUGACCUACGACCUCCUGUCGGUCAUCUGCCACCACGGCACGGCCAGCAGUGGACACUACAAAAUCGCUUACUGCCAGAACAAUCUCAACAACCUGUGGUACGAGUUCGAUGACCAGAGCGUGACCGAGGUCUCAGAGGCCACCGUCCAGAACGCCGAGGCCUACGUGCUCUUCUACAGGAAGAGCAGCGAGGACGCCCGGAAGGAGCGGCGGCGGGUGUCCAGCCUGCUGAACAUGAUGGAGCCGAGCCUCCUCCAGUUCUACGUCUCCCGGCAGUGGCUGAACAAGUUCAAGACGUUCGCAGAGCCGGGCCCCAUCUCCAAUCAGGACUUCCUCUGCCUUCACGGAGGGGUCCCCCCACGCAAGGCCAGCUACAUCGAGGACCUCGUCGUGAUGCUGCCUCAGAACAUCUGGGACAACCUCUACAGCAGGUACGGGGGAGGACCGGCCGUCAACCACCUGUACGUCUGCCAGACGUGCCAGAUGGAAGCCGAGAAGGUCGAGAAAAGAAGGAAGGCGGAGCUGGAGAUGUUCAUUCGGCUGAAUCGCGCCUUCCAGGAAGAGGAGUCUCCGGCGGCGUUUUUCUGCAUCAGCAUGCAGUGGUUCCGAGACUGGGAGGGCUUCAUGAAGGGCAAAGACGGAGAUCCCCCCGGCCCCAUCGAUAACACUAAGAUCGCCAUCAACAAGGGCGGGAACGUCCUCCUCAAACAAGGGGCAGACUCGGGGCAGAUUUCUGAAGAAACCUGGCAUUUCCUCCAGUCCAUCUAUGGUGGAGGGCCAGAGGUGAUUUUGCGACCCCCUGUGGCCCCCAUGGAUCCUGACACCCUGCAGACAGAGGAGAAGAUUGAAGUCGAGACUCGGGCCCUCUAACCAAUCACGUCUAAGGAACAUCGUUUCCACUUGCACAAAUUGAACAAAAUCAUUCCUGAAAGCAUGUGUAUUUUCCCGCUUUUCCCCUCCCCCGUCCCCCUCCCCCCGGGCAUUACAGUUGUGGACGAGCGCAUCGAGACUCAGCGUCGGCCGUAGGUUGAUGCGUUUCAUGAGAAAAUUUACUGUGAAACCUUCCAAUGUCGCAUUUUGAAAGGGACGAGCUCCGUGGCCGGAGAUUGUUCAAUCAGUGGACAGUAGGUCGUUGAUCCUUUUUUACUACAUGUAAACCGAUGAUAUCCUUUGUAGGCUUGUCAAAUAAAACUGCUUUGAAAACGUGGUCCAUCCCCUCAUCCCGUGAUUCUGACCACGCUCGGGGGACCUCGGCCAAGGCAGCCGUGUGAACGGACGGCUCGGAGCAGGCGGACUCCACGGGGCCUCCUUCCACGGCCAGAAGCUGGAAAUCGGGCGAUGGGGGAGGACUUCCUCCUCUUGCGCUACCCUCUGUAAUUACGAACACUUUCUUACCCGGAUGUGUCAGUUUGUCAGCAGCUGUCGUCAUCGCUGUGGCUUCACGUGUCCGCCCGUCGGUGCGGGCCCGGCAGAUGUCUGGAGAGCACCCGGUGCGUCCUGCGUUCCCGACGCUGCUCGAGCCCAAGGGCCCUUGGGAACGUUUGUAGUACAUGCGUGAACAUUCCUUCCGCGUCAUCCUGGUGGGGUGGCAAGAUGGCAAGGCCGCGCCGGAGGACUCCUUCGGGCGUGUUGGGGGAGGGACCAGUUGUGGCUGCCACCAGCUCAAGCAAUGUUCUGAACUAGCUCAAUAAAGUGAUUUUUAAAACA